AUCUUCUGCCUCGCAUUCUUUCGCCGCUGUUUAAUAAGUCAGUGUCCUCUCCCUUGGUUAAAUAAGAAAGCUUCGAAAAGUCAUCAAUGGCGGGAACCGGAGUAUUUGCAGAGAUAUUGGACGGAGAUGUUUACAAGUACUACUCCGACGGGGAGUGGAGGACUUCUUCUUCGGGCAAGAGCGUUUCAAUUAUCAACCCGACAACGAGGAAGACACAGUACAAGGUUCAAGCAUGCACACAGGAGGAGGUGAACAAGGUGAUGGAGAUGGCGAAAUCGGCACAGAAAUCAUGGGCGAAGACUCCUUUGUGGAAAAGAGCAGAGCUGCUUCACAAAGCUGCCUCAAUCCUCAAGGAGAACAAAGCCGCCAUGGCAGAGUGUCUCGUCAAGGAGAUUGCUAAACCUGCCAAAGACUCUGUUUCCGAGGUUGUGAGAUCUGGGGAUUUGAUCUCGUACUGUGCCGAAGAGGGUGUUAGGAUACUGGGAGAAGGGAAGUUUCUGGUCUCUGAUAGCUUCCCGGGAAACGAAAGAACCAAGUACUGUCUCACUUCCAAGAUUCCGCUCGGUGUGGUUUUAGCGAUUCCGCCGUUCAAUUAUCCGGUAAAUCUAGCCGUUUCCAAGAUCGCCCCUGCGAUAAUCGCCGGAAACUCGCUUGUACUCAAGCCUCCGACUCAAGGAGCUGUUUCAUGCCUUCAUAUGGUGCAUUGCUUUCACUUGGCCUGUUUCCCGAAAGGUCUCAUCAGCUGCAUUACCGGAAAAGGCUCUGAGAUCGGCGAUUUCCUCACUAUGCACCCCGGUGUUAACUGCAUUAGUUUCACGGGCGGUGACACGGGCAUUGCCAUCUCCAAGAAAGCCGGGAUGAUCCCUCUCCAGAUGGAACUUGGAGGGAAAGACGCCUGCAUUGUUCUCGAGGACGCCGAUCUCGACCUUGUCGCUUCGAACAUCAUCAAAGGAGGAUUCUCUUACAGCGGGCAGAGAUGUACGGCGGUUAAGGUUGUGCUGGUGAUGGAGUCGGUAGCGGAUGCUCUGGUAGCGAAAGUGAAUGCCAAAGUGGCGAAACUGACGGUGGGAGCGCCCGAGGAGAACUGCGACAUCACUCCCGUGGUUUCGGAAUCUUCGGCGAAUUUCAUAGAAGGGCUCGUGACGGACGCUAAAGAGAAAGGAGCCACGUUUUGCCAGGAGUACAGAAGAGAAGGGAACCUGAUAUGGCCAUUGCUGUUGGACAACGUCAGACCCGAUAUGAGAAUCGCUUGGGAAGAACCGUUCGGUCCCAUCUUGCCCGUUCUAAGGAUCAACUCCGUCGAAGAAGGCAUCAAUCACUGCAAUGCCAGUAACUUCGGCCUCCAGGGAUGUGUAUUCACAAAGGACAUCAACAAAGCGAUGAUGAUCAGCGACGCGAUGGAGACAGGAACGGUUCAGAUAAACUCGGCACCUGCUCGUGGCCCCGACCACUUCCCUUUCCAGGGACUGAAGGACAGCGGGAUAGGAUCACAAGGCGUGACAAACAGCAUCAACUUGAUGACCAAAGUGAAGACCACUGUCGUCAACUUGCCUUCACCUUCCUACACCAUGGGAUAGCUGUCUCAGUCAUCUAUCUAUCCAUCCAAUAAGUUAAGACUGUAUUCUUAGAUUUCCAUCGAGUGUGUUACGAAGAGAACAAAAGCUUUAAGACAAAACAUCAACCACAAAGGCUAGUGUACGUGUCCUCUUCUUCA